UUGGCUUCGGCUUGGUCAAAGUACACGCGCCACAUCUAGCAGACGACACGCUUUUAAGGUUAUAGCUUAUAAAUCUUCAGAGAUUGCACUCACAUUUCGACGAGCUGCUUGAUAUUGUUGCUACAUAAUAAACAAUGGCACGUUUCGUAGCACAAAUCAGCAGGUGUGCGGCGAGAUCCGUUCUCAGCUUCCCGCACGAAGCAACUUUUGUCGCAUCUGCGAAAUCCUUCAAACCAGCUAAUUUUAUACGUCACAUUGCCACCACACACCGCUGCAAUGCUGAAAGGAGGUACACAGACAAACACGAAUGGGUGACGGUCGACGGCAAAAUCGGCACAGUGGGAAUUUCCAACUACGCGCAAGAUGCUUUGGGAGACGUUGUCUACGCACAACUUCCAGACGUUGGAUCACUCGUGAAAAAAGAUGAGGAAUGUGGCGCUUUGGAGUCAGUUAAAGCAGCUUCUGAAGUGAUGAGCCCAUGUAGUGGAAAAGUCACUGAAAAAAAUGAAGCUGUUGAAAGCAAACCUGCACUGAUCAACUCUUCGUGCUACGAUGAAGGUUGGCUUUUUAAAAUAGAAUUAAGUGAUCCAGCAGAAGUCAACACUCUUAUGGAUGAAAAUGCCUACAAUGAAUUCCUUAAAACAGACCCUCACUAAGUAUUGUAUCGAAUGAUACAGAAGAAAUAAAAAGAGCAAAACUCAAAGAA